UUCAGCUUCAUAGCUCUCAGUGCAUCUGUCAAGAGGACUAACUGUGCACCAUGAGGACCCUGCUGGCUCUAACUGUACUGCCGUGGCUCGCCCUGAGCAGCUCCACAAACAAAUUUAUAGUCCAGCCGGAAACGGAGGUGGUUUUUAACUGCAAUGUGACAGCACUGUCUGUGACAUGGCUCUGGUUCCCCAAACACAGCAAGUGUGCCAGGGAGAACGCUAUGAAGAUCAUUUACACCAUCGAUAAGCAAGGAAACAAGACAUCAGUAGAGAGGUUUAAGAAGCGCUUAACACUGAGAGGAGAUCCGACAGCUGGAAAGCAUGCUCUGGUUUUGAGUGAUUCUGUCAUGAGCGAUUCUGGGAUCUAUUCCUGUAGUGAUACAAAAACAACUGUGCAGUGUUAUGAACUAGAGAUUAUUGAAGGGUGCUAUCGUAAUGUUCAGAUCGAGAUCAGAUCAGUCGCAGGGGCAGAAGGUGUCGCAUUAGCUUGCUUCUCCUGUGCUGACAAAAAGCAGACAGAGGCCUUCAACUGGACCUUCAAUGAGAAGCCAGUUAGUGGUUUACCUGGCGUUACACUGACAAGAAGCUCAACGAUAAUUAUAAAGAAGGUGACCGCUGAGGAUGAAGGGAAGUGGACCUGUGCUUCUGCGGAUAACCCCUCUCAGUUCUCAGAGUAUUGUCUGGACUUGAAGUCAAAGAGACAACAAAGGCGACAGGACUGUCAGAAAGUUACAACACAGGCAACAGAACUGAAUAAAAAUGACUCAGAGAAUGACGGAAAAGACAGAUUGAUUUAUCCUUUGACAGCAGUGGUCGUGGUGGUACUGGCUCUUAUUGUGAUGGCUUCAGCAUGGCUGUACAGAAGAAAGAGAUCUCGCAGGUUGGAGCAAAAGCUCACUGAUAAUUCAGCUGCAAACCGUGACGUUUCUCCCCGGGUGUCUGCAGGGACUGGCCAGGCGAUGACAGGCACUGCUGCACAGCAGGAAGAAGACAAGGUUCAGUACGCCGCCAUAAACCACAGCCGGACAAAGAGACAACAGCGCCCUCUGUCUGUGGAGGAGUCUACCAUCUACUCUGCUGUCAAGAUAAAAUAGCACCCCCUGAUGGAGACUCUAAUGAUCUUCACUUUGCAAAAUGUGAACAGCAGCAGUGAGCACGUCCACGUCGAAUGACACAGACUUCGCAGACUCAAGUGAUCUUUAAACCGGGGAGUUUUGAAUAGAGUUACGUCAUCUAAUGUGUUUGUGUGGUUUCUUUGUAAGAUGAGACCAGAUAGCCAAUGCAUUGUGUAAAUAAAAUAAAAGUUUGCGUGCACUGAACCACCGAAUCACGUGCAGUAUAAAGAU